AUGGUCUCUAUGGUCGAGACCGCCUCCCAUCCCGAACACAAUGACACCGUCAUGGACCCGGUCGUCCCCAAGUCAGAGCCCUUGCCUGAUGGUUCCAUCAGCUCGACUGUGUCCACGCCAGAAGCUGAGGCCGAACCUUUAACCCAAGAUACCACCCAGACCCAAAAGCGAAAAGGUGGUCGCAAACCUAUUUAUGCUACCUCGGAGGAACGGAAGCAGCGCAACCGACAGGCCCAGGCUGCCUUCCGUGAACGUCGUACGGAGUAUAUCCGUCAGCUGGAGACGACCAUCAAGCGUAAUGAGGAGUCCCUGCAAAGUCUGCAGCAGAGCCAUCGCAGCGCGGCUGAUGAGUGUCUGAUGCUGCGAUAUAAAAAUUCGUUGCUGGAGCGGAUCUUACUCGAGAAAGGCAUUGAUGUCCAAGCUGAGCUACGGCUGAAGACCGGGGCUCCAGGCUCAUCGGCCAAGCCCAACCCCGUACCAGCCAAGUCGGGUCCUAUACCUCGUCCCACCCAAAGACAUCCGGCGGGUAUCGCUUCCAAACAGGACGCUUUUGCUAUCUCCCAGCGUGAGGGAGCUUACGGAGUCCCAUCGCCGCAAUUCCAGGCUACCCCGACUUCGCAUGUAUCAUCGCCAUCACACGCCAAGUCGCCGGGUUUUGGCUUCCAGGGUGGAAUGUCGCCCGUUGAGGUCAACGCCCAGGGAGGACGUCCCCAAUUGCUGCCCCAGCCACGGACAUUCACCAGUCAAACCUCGCCGGGGGCGAUUAGCAUGCCCCAAACCGAUCCCACGGAAAAGGCUCGUGGACCUCGCGGUGCGCGAGUGGCGGCGGCCUAUUACCCAUCUCCCUUCCAGAAACAUUAUGACCAACUCGAACAAGAGUACGACGCACAAGCCGAUCUUGUUGACGAUGACCACGACGGCUCAGUAAAUGCCUCGUAUGUCCCGGGCUUCACGCCACAGUCGGUGGCCUCGGGCUCUCACACCAUGACGGGAUACAAUCCAUCUACAGAUGGAGCGCCCGGAGACUACGGCAAUGCCAAUCAGCUCAUGGCUCAGUACGAGCCCAUGUUGGACGCAGAUCCAUUCGGGCUGAGUGCUAGUAUGCACUUCCCGACGCCAUUCAACUACGAACAGAACAAUCCUCGCUCUUGA